AUGGGGAGGAUAAAAAAGGUCGCAACAUCCAAGCAUGACGCGACUCUGUCCCCGUACAUUGCCGAGUUCAUCAAGGAGACGCUCGUGCUCCCGCUUCACAAGAUACCCGCUCACCUGAGCACCUUCCCCCGGCGAUGGCCCUUUCCUCGCGGCGACCUAUAUCACUGGAUACCCGUGCUAAACCGUUUUGACCGCGUGCUCGAGCUAUUCGUCGAGGAGUAUGCUCUGGUUAGUGGUCCUCAGGCCCAGGCUUUCGGCAGGCGUCUACUGCUGAAGGGCGAUGCGGAGGAGGGAAAGCAGUCAUCGGCGUCGCUGCCCAGCGCAGCCGAUCUCGAUGCCGCUGGCUACACUGCGGAAGGCGAUCAGCAGCUCCUUGAGGACAUCCUGAGAUUCACCAAGUUGUUACUGGAAAACUGUGGAAACCGCAGCCUGUACGCUAGCAGCGAGCAUCUCAGCAAACUUCUUAACACUACCUCCAUUUCGCUGUUGAGGACGACUUUGCGUCUUACCCUCAGGCUUGCCCAGCGCUACCAUACCUCGCGUGUACGCAUGGGCUCCAGCAGCACCGUGCAGAACAGCCUUCUCGUCAGCCACUACAACAUCAAUCUCGACAACCUUCACAAGAUCGCCGUACCUUUCGUGAAGGGCUCCUCGCCAGCAUCCGCCAAGGGCAAGGACAAGCUAACUCUUGGGCCGAGCACUGACACCCCGUCAGAUAAGGUACAGGUGGCGGAUCUAGUGGGCAAGGUCAAAUUGGAAGAGAUCCCGCCCGCUCUUCGUGAGGAGUGGGGCAGCGUCUUCUUGUCCUACUACGACACUACCAAGGACGAAGCCAGCAAUCCAGCCGCGCCUGAGUCGUUUGUUAGUCCCGCCGUCGCUCCAAGUACCCCGACUCCCGUACGUCGUUCUACACUCGGUCCCAAUUCCACGCCUAGGCAAAACCGCGCUGCGCCGACUGAACAGUCACCACGCACUCCCGUAACACCCAAUGCUCAGCACGAUGGACCCCGUCCUGCUGGUCCGAAGUUCUUGGAAGUCCCCUACCGCGAAAUCUCUUCUCAGCCUUGCUAUGAUAUUAUGAGGAGCUAUGCACACGACGUGCCCGAGGACACCCGCUACGAACUUCUUCACCGCGUUCGGGUUGCCCAAUCCCUCGCAUCUAACAGGGAGGCACGAGAGGACAUCGUGGCCAUUCGGUUGCUUGCAAUUGCCAAUUUAGCUUACGUUCACCCUGAGACGACUUUCCAUCAAAAGAUCGGGCAGCCGGAUGCUGAUGAACCCCGUCCUCUUCAGCUUGCCUACCAACUUGCUGAGUUGAUUCAUCCUCCUGCAGAAGGUCAAGUUGGUGCAUCUAGGGAGCUUCAGACCACCGCGUUGUGUGCUUUAGAAGCCCUUACCAAGCACAAGAGCAAAGGCGCCGAUUUGACCUCUGCGCUGAGCCUCAACGUCAAUCACGGCGUUCUCUUCUACGUAGCUCGUAAGGCAGUUGCUGAGCUUACGCACGAUGACGGACCCGGAGAUUCUCUCGAGGACGACGAGUGGCGGGAAUCCUUGUUCACUUUGCUCACCAGCAUUCCAGGACAGGUCAAUCGCAUGGGCGAGAGCAUGGUUGCCGCGGGAUUAUUCGAUAUCUUCGUAGAAGUGCUUACCCUUCGCACUCAAAGGUCCGAGCGCUACUACUCUCGCGUCUUAAGCUUCCUGGACACCUUUGCUUUCAACCUCCGCGACGCUUUCCAGGCAUUUGUGCAGGCCAAGGGACUCGAUGCUAUCGCUGAUCUCGCUGGACAUGAGGUUGAAAGCGCAUUUUCACGAGCCGAGCGUGGUGAAGGCAUGCCCGAUCAAUACAAGACUCAACACACGGACUACAAGAUUGCGUACUACCCCCAGCAGACCCUCCGUUGGCUCUUCAAGUUCAUCAGCCACAUGAUGACUCAUGGAGGUGGUGGCAUUGAUCGUCUACUCCGGAACUUGAUGGACUCUCCGCGUCUUCUGGCAGGUCUCCGCACCGUCUUGGCGGAGGCACCCAUCUUCGGAAGCACCGUUUGGAGUAUGACUGUCAACAUCUUGGCGAACUUCAUUCAUCACGAACCUACGAGCUACGCCAUCAUCGCCGAAGCUGGAUUGAGCAAGACUUUCUUGGAGACUGUCACGCAGAGGGCGGUUGAGGAGAAAGCUGCUGAGGCGACCACCGAGAACGUUACUGAGACGCCCUCGCAAUCCGAUGUCCCAGUUACCAAAGAGGAGACUCCGUCGGAUAAAGAUUCGAAGCCUGCCACCACUGGUAUCCUUCCAGUUGCCGAGGCAAUCGCUUCGGUCCCUCCCGCUUUCGGCGCCAUCUGCUUGACUGAGGCUGGUCUGAACCUCUUCAAGAAUUCCACCGCCCUCGAGAGCUUUUUCGAAGUCUUCACCAGCCCUAUGCAUGUGAAGGCGAUCGAGGUGGACUCAGAAACGACACAAACGCUGGGCACUUCCUUCGAUGAGCUCGUUCGUCACCACCCACCGCUCAAGCAAGCUAUUCUUGCUUCGGUCAAGAACAUGGUAGCAAGGGUUGGCAAGCUCUGUUUCGAGAGGGCACAACAUAAGGGCGUCGGCUCCAAGCUUUGGGUUGAAAGCAGUGAAGGCAAAAUCCUCGUUUCUGGAGGACGUAAGGCUCUCUGGGGGAGGGAGGGUAUCCACCACCAACGCUCUCAUGAGCAGAUUGGGCAGUCGAAACAAGAAGAUGAUGUGGAGAUGACUGAUGUUGACAUUUCAGCAGUCUCUGCACAAGCUCCGAACAUUGACGUCUCCAUAGAUGAUGUUGUAGAGCACGAGGAUCCCAAGGACGGCCCUACCACCACCCAAUUUAUCACCGCGGCGUGCAAAUUCUUGGAAGGCUUUUUCAUCAACGAAGCCCUUUGCUCGGCAUUCAUCGAGGAAGGUGGCCUUGAGUUCAUCCUUGACUUCGGGACUCUACCAUGCCUACCAUACAACUUCAACGAGUACUUUGCUGUCGGAGAGGAAUUCAGCCGCGUCAUUCAAAUGAUCGUAGAGCAGAAGCCCCAUCUUGCAUUACCUUCUCUGAUUAGGCGGUUCCAAGCUGCUUGCGACGAGCUGGAGCCCUUCAUGCAAAAUGAGCGCCAGUCUGCUUACCUUGCGGUUUUCACUAGCAAGAACGCUGGUGCAGACGUUGAUCCCGAGGUCGCCGCCAACGGCACGCGAUUUGCAAAGGCCCUUGUUGUGGUCCUCACUUUGGCUAAUGCACUAUCCAUGACCUUCCAAGGCUCAAUGUUCAAUCACCGUUCAAGCCACAACAUUUUCUCACUAGUCAACAUGGGCGACAUGUACGCACACCUUAUCGAUAGUCUUGGUAGGCUUCAGAGGUGCUGUGUGUGGGAGGAGAUUCUCCUUCAGAAGGAAAUUCCUUCUGAUUGGGAGAAGAGUACAAGAGUCAAGAGCAGUGGCUUUAGCACGGACGAAGCGAACAACAUCCUGCGCUUGGCCGACCCGCGUCAUCCAGAGGAGCCUAGUGAAGCUGCAACUACAGACACGUCUACUCAACAGUCGAGUGGAGCUAACAAUGGCGAUAACGGUACAUCGCAGGCUGGCGCUGCCCUGGACAAGGCAUCGGCUCAGUACAAAAACACAAAGAUUCUGCGUUAUCUACUUAGCCAAGUUCCUACUGCCAUCACCCCGUUUUUGCAAGCAUUGGGUAGAUGUCUUCUCUUCAGGAGGACCCAGGACCAGUGGCAGAAACAAAACGCUUUCGUCGUUGCAGACCAACUUGCCAAACUGGCUUUGGAUCAACUUAGCUAUGAGCUACCGAAGAAGAGCGCCGACGCCAAGGACCGUUACGCCUAUUGGAUUGUCAUUCUUACCUCCAUUUCUCAGAUACUCAUGGAGGGGAGUAUGGAUCGCAGUCCUCCACACAUGCUAACCCUCAUCCUUGGGUCCUUCCAAACCCAGGGUGGCCUCGAUCAACUGAGUGGAAUCCUCGACUCCUUCUUUGACAAGGCGAAGGGCAUCAUUGAGAAGAACGACAGCCAGGAGCUUCCGGAAGAUGUACAAGGCUUGAUGAACCUGGCUCUGGGCGGCAUCAAGAUCAUUUUGACUCUGUAUGCGCAUAUGGUCAAUCCGAAAUGUGUGAUAGAUGCGCACCAGACGAAUGCUAUGAACACGCGAGACCGGACCCGGCCAAAGGGCGACUCCUUCUUCCCUUCGCAGUUCCUUGUUGAGCUGCGUAUGGCCGUCAUCAAACCGGUUGAGAAAAUUUGGAACUCGGAGCUCAUGAACAAGGCUACGACAUCCAUCGUGAAGAACCUCGUCGAGAUCCUCCGUAUUGUCCUCGAGAGCGAGCACGAGAGCGAGGCGUAUAAACGGUCUGAAACCCCUCCGGCUCGGCUGAGAUUCGUCUACAAGCCAUGGAAGGCACGCAACUUUGAGCAUGUGGAGAACCUCAAGCGUGAUGGCUUCGACGAGGACCUAGCGAAGGAGGCGCAAUACCGUGCCUACGACAACGCGAAUUCCGCCAGGGAGUAUUGCAACGCAGCGAAAAAUGACGCUCGAUUUUCCCGAAACCCCGUACCUCCCUAUGAGACCGAGCUGCUCAAGCAGACUGGCCAGAUACCAUCGACUUCUACCACUCCUCGCUUGACAGCCGAGAGCGAAGACGAGGCCGAGGAACCCGGCUCUCAAUCCGUCGUCAUGUCCGAUGCUCAGCCGAUUCCGACCGAGCCAGCCACUUCCGUCAACAUCACUAGUAGCUCGGUCUAUAUUCCUCACGCCAUCCAAAAUUCCGCGUGGGGUCGCGGAACCGCCGCAGUUGAUGCUGGAAGUGCCGAGUAUAUUAGAGUCGAAGACCUCGAAGAUGCCAGAUCUGAGGUCCGGGGGAACGUCAUCGACCGCGCGUUGGAAGUAGUCGAUGUUCACGAAGAUGUCACUUUCGAGCUUGCGGACUUGAUAUCUGCAGCUGUCGCAAAGUCAUCUGACGCUUCCAGCAUGCGCACUGAAUUCGGCGAGACGCUUGUCAAUGCGCUCAUUUCCUUGCAAUCCGAGGAGGACCUGAGGCCCAUCGGCAAGAAGAUUGCAUCCUACGCCCACCUCCUUGCCCUCAUUCUCCAAGAGCGCGAUUUCUAUAAAACGACUCUACCUCGGUUGACGGAGUCCUUCUCUCAAUUGCUUGGGUUUAUCAAGACGUCUCCAGAGCAGCGUGGGGAGGAGUCGUCACCUUGGAUUGGCCACGUGUUGCUUAUCAUCGAGCGCAUGCUUGCCGACGAUGCUCAGCCGCCUCAGAUCCAAUGGACUCCUCCGCGAGACGAUGAUGCUGAUGAUUUGGCCCUCCCUGCCAUCGAGCUGCCGGAGCCGAUUGUGCCCGAGGAAGAUAAGCGCGAGCUGUUCAAUGCCAUUGUCGAAAUUCUGCCUCGCAUUGGCAAAGACGAAUCGUUGGCGCUCUCGGUCACCCGCGUCCUCGUGAUCCUCACCCGGCAUAGACAGCUUGCCGCGAAGCUGGGAGAGAAGCGUAAUCUGCAGCGCCUGUUUGUCAUGGUAAAACAGCUCAGCGGCACCACCAACGAAAGGUUGCAGGGCUCGUUCAUGCUUAUUCUGCGUCACAUUGUUGAAGAUGAGGAGACGAUUAGGCAGAUCAUGAGAACUGAGAUCAAGGCGCUGUUCAAGGAGAAGGGCAAUCGCCCCCGGAAUGCGCCUCAACAGAUGGAUACUACUGCCUAUGUUCGAGCUCUCUGGAACCUUGCCAUCCGCAGCCCUGAAGACUUCGUUGAAAUCACCAAUGAGAAGUUGAAGCUUACUAGCUAUGCUCGGGAAUCGCGUAGUCAGAACUUCCUCGAGCUCAAGGAGGAGGAGGCUCCUGCCGACAGGAAGUCAGACGAGAAAGCUGGUACGGAGGGUGACCAGUCUGCCGGUCCAUCAAAAGCCGCCGAGACUGUCAAGCCCUCCACCGAAGUGGAAGCCAAGGGAGAGCCGGAAAAGCCGAAGCAUGCCGACACGAAGCAUCCGGUCAUUGAGAAUCCAGAUGGCGUGAUUCACUACCUCCUAUGUGAACUUCUCACCUACAAGGAUGUGGACGACAAGGAGCCGGCCGCUGCACCUACAGAACAGUCAAAGGACACGCCUACAGGUGAUGUAGAGAUGACGGAUAGCGCAGAUCGUGCUACACCCGUAACUCCUGGUAGCACCGCAUCUACCCCGGUUCCCGCUCCCGAGCAACAGCAGAAGAAGAGCGAGAAGCCCACAUUCAAAGCUGAUCAGAACCCAAUCUUCAUCUACCGCUGCUUCAUCCUACAGUGCCUGACGGAGCUCCUAACGAGCUACAACAAGACCAAGGUUGAGUUUGUCACUUUCUCGCGCCAGGCUGACCCUCAAGCUAUGACACCUUCCAAGCCGCGUUCAACUGUUCUCAGGUAUAUACUUGAGAACCUUGUCCCAGUAGGUACUUUGGCACAUGCGGAAGACAUUGCUUUCAAGAAGAAGUGUGCUACUUCGAAUUGGGCCACUUCAGUUGUCGUAGCCUUGUGCCAACAGACUGGCGAGCGCCAACAGACUGGCGAGCGUAAAUCUGCCAAGGCCCGUGAUGCCAAGGAGGAAGAUGACUCGGAGCUGCUCUUCGUCCGCAAAUUUGUCCUUGAGCAUGCCUUGAAGGCUUUCAAGGAUGCCAACGCCUCUUCAGAGCCGCUGGAUAUGAAGUAUUCCCGCCUGCUCACUCUUGCUGACCUUUUCCACCGCAUGCUUUACUGCAAGCCCACGAACACUUCAACUAGCUUCCCUUUGGACAUUGUUGUGGGCUCGCAAAAGCAAUUGGCGAGGAUCAUGUACGAGAAGAACUUUAUCACCACUUUGACGACCGCCAUUGCCGACAUUGACCUCAACUUCCCCAACGCCAAACGGGCAGUGAAGUACAUCCUCCGUCCGAUCAAGCUUCUCACACAGACUGCCAUUGAGCUCAGUCUGAAUGCCGAGAUCUCGGGUGUUCCGGGCCAGGUUGACGAGGACGAAAUUUCCACGGCGUCAUCGGUUUCAGACAUGGACGAGUUCCGUGAGGAAACCCCGGAUCUCUUCCGUAACUCAACUCUUGCCAUGUUCGAUCCUAGCAGAGAUGAGGAGACUGAGUCUGAAGAGUCUGAUGAAGAUGACGAUGAGGAUAUGUACGGUGAUGAGUAUGGUGAUGAGAUGGAGUACGAGGAAGAUAUGGAGCAUGAUGGCGACGACGUGGUCAGUGACGAAGACGAAGAGAUUGAGGGUAUGGGCGAUAUCGAGGGUCUUUCUGGCGACGUCGGCGAUGACGUGGAAAUUGUCAUCGAGGGCGAAGAUGGAGACGACAUGUCCGAAGAUGAUGACGAUUCAGCGGAUAUGGAUGAGGACGACGAUGAAGAUCCCGACCAAGACGAGGACAUCGAAAUCAUGGACGACUUGGAUGAUGUCCCAGGCGACGACAUCAACGGUAGUCUCAUGGGGGACGAAGAUGAUGAAUGGGCAAGCGAAGACGAUGAGGGAGACGAUUACGAUGAUGACGGCGCCGAUGAGGAUCACGGUCCCCCUGGAGGAAUCGAUAACCUUGUCCGUAUCUUGGAUGGCCAGGGUGGCCCGGGCCUGUUGGAGCAUCUUCAAGGCGAUAUGAUGGACAUGGAGCACGAAGGUUAUUUGGAUGACGAAAUGCAGGAGGAUGAAGAUGAGGACGACGAGGAGGAGGACUACGAUGAGGAUGACAUCGCCUACGAGGCUGGACUUGAAGACGAUGAAGAUGGCAUUCCUGAUCCUGCAUGGGGUUGGGGUGCUCCUCCAGACUUCCGGGGGCACCAUCACCACCACCAUCGUCAUGGUAUUAUUGGUGUCAACCCCUUUUCGUUUAUCCCGCCUGCUACGCUUGACCGUCAUCUCGCUUAUCGAGCCCAUCGCCCGGCCGGAACCCAACGUGGGGCAGAUGACGGUACAAACCCUCUUCUUCAGCGCUCCGGUAGACCCUCUUCAGGCGCUGGUGGCUCUGCCGGUCGUCGCGCUGGUUCGAGUGAUUGGGUUCACGCUAUGGAUCCCAUGCGGCCUGGCCGUUUCCCUCCUGGAGGCGACACUCCUGUCUCCUUCAUCAGCAACCUUCUUAAUAUCAUGAGCCAUGGCUCGGCCACAAUCCAACAGGAUGGAAUCACGGUGACCGUUCAGGGCAUGUUCCCUGGCGAUCCCGGUUUCCCUGAUGGUGCUUUCGAUCCCUACGCCCGUCGCGAUCGUCGGGGCCACGACCACCAUUCUCGUUCCUCUCGGGAUGACCCGGCUCAGGCGGUCUCGUUCGUGCCGACCCUUACCACUACGCGCUGGCAGGAGGAGGGCCGCCUACUUUUUGGCAGUCUUGCGAUCGACAAGUCCGUCCGCCUUGUCAAUUCCAUUCUCAGGCUGCUGGUCCCUCCCGCAAUCAAAGCCACCAAGGAGGCGGAGCGCAAGGAACGUGAAGAGCGUGAGGCUCGUGAGAAAGAGCUCAAGGAGAGGGAGGAGCGUGAACGCAAGGAGCGCGAGGAGCAAGAAGCCAAAGAGAAGCAAGAGAAAGAAGAGCGUGAGGCUGAAGAGGCUCGCCGCCUGGAAGCAGAGAGAAGCGCGCAGGAGCAACCUGCUGCAGCCGCAGCGGAAGACCAACAGAUGGCGGAUGCUGGAGUUCCCGGAACCGCUGCUGGUGGAGAAGCCGUCCAGGGCGAGAGCGCGCAGCCUCAGGACAGGGUCGUUGCCAACAUCCGCGGCCGUCAAAUCGACAUUACCGAGCUCGGUAUCGACUUAUCCUACCUCGAGGCUCUGCCUGAGGACUUGAGAGAAGAGGUGUUGAUGGAUCAGAUCCAAAAUCAGCGUGAACAGGCUCGGACUCAGGGCACCGAACCGUCAGAUAUCAGUCGCGAGUUCCUCGAUGCCCUGCCUGAGGAUAUACGUGACGAACUUCUCGAACAAGAGGCAAGAGCUCGUCGCCGCCAAGAACGUGAAGAGGAGGAACGUCGCCGGGGUGCACCUGCUCGUGCUGAAGAGAUGGACGUGGCUACUCUUUUCGCCUCCAUGGACCCUGGUCUUCGUCAGGCUGUUCUUAUGGAGCAAGACGACGAAACCCUGCGGGAACUGCCUCAGGAACUCGCUGAAGAAGCCCGCCGUUUGGGCGGUGACCGUCGUCUGAACCAUCACAUAGCCGACAUCGGCCGUCUCAACCGUGGCUACCGCCGCCAUGAUGGUGCUCCGCAAGAAGAGGAGCAGGCACAAAGGAAGCAGAAGCCUCGUCCCAUUGUACAGAUGCUCGAGAAGUCGGGCGUUGCAACUCUUCUUAGGCUUAUGUUCAUCCCGCAGCAGGGCAGCGCCCGCCAGACUCUCAACGGGAUCCUGAAGGACGUUUGCCAGAACCGUCACAAUCGUGCCGAAGUUAUCAGCAUCCUUCUGUCCAUCCUCCAGGACGGUUCGGCGGACAUCAAUGCCGUUGAGCGCAGCUUUGCUCAGCUCUCUCUUCGUGCCAAGCAGCCUCCGGCCCCCCAGCCAUCCGGCAACCAGAAGACCCCCCAACCUCUGAAACGCUCACUCACUGGUCCGCUCGCUGGUCAACAACUCUCAAGCCAUGGCGAUAUGUCACCGAUCAUGGUUGUGCAGCAGUGUCUGAGCACCCUCGUCUACUUGGUAUACAACAACCCGCACGUUGCCUCUUUCUUCCUUGCAGAGCAUGAGACGGCAGUGGGAUUCAAGUCCAAGGCUUAUCGCAAGGGUAAGGCGAAGGAGAGCAAGGCUUACAAGUACCCCUUGAAUGCUCUUCUCAGCUUGCUUGACCGGAAGCUCAUCGUCGAGAGCUCUACUGUCAUGGAGCAACUGGCUUCUUUGCUGAUGAACAUCACGAGCCCAUUGGGAAUCCUCCUAAAGAAGGACAAGGAAAAGAGCGAGGAGAAGAAGGACGAGCCCGUUGAGACCAGCACUUCCGCCCAGGAGCCAGCUCCGGAAACGGGUGAGACUGCCACGGCCACGGAGCAGACUACAGUCCAGACUCAGGCUGAGGCUCCUGCGGCGGCUUCGACCGAAAAGAAGGACGAGGACAAGACCAAAGACCAGUCCGAUGACAAGAAGAAGGCGCGUGGCCUUGUUCCACCUGAGGUUCCUGAGUACAACCUUCGCCUCGUUGUCCACAUCUUGGCUGCCCGGGAGUGUAGCAGCAAGACGUUCCAGAACACGCUGUCCGUCAUCAACAAUCUCUCAGCUAUUCCAGGCGCCAAGGAAACGUUCGGAAAGGAGCUCAUCAAGCAAGGUCAAGACUUGGCUCAGUCGUGCCUCGACGACCUUGACGAGCUCGUCUCCCAGGUCGCCAAGGCCAAGACGGGCACCGACGUGCAAGGCAUGGCUCUGUCGAAGUUCUCGCCGGCCAGCUCUGAUCAAACCAAGCUUCUCCGCGUGUUGACUGCACUGGACUACCUCUUCGAUCCUAAGCGCUCGGAAACUCAAGACAAGCCUGCUUCCAGCGUUGCGGAUGGCUUGCCCGCCGAACAGAAGGCCGAUAUCCUCACCACACUCUACGAGAACCCCACCUUCUCGUCCCUGUGGCACAAGCUUAGCGAAUGCUUGACCGUGAUUCGCGAGCGUACCAAUAUGCUCAGUGUAGCCACAAUCCUCUUGCCGCUGAUUGAGGUCUUGAUGGUCGUUUGCAAGAAUACUACUCUCAAGGAUGCGCCGCUCGCCAAGCUACACGCCAGGGAAGUCGAACUGUCAAGCCCACCGCCAGAGAACCGUAUGGAGAGUUUGUUCUUCAAGUUCACUGAGGAGCAUCGCAAGAUCCUCAAUGAGCUCGUCCGCCAGAAUCCCAAGCUCAUGAGCGGUUCGUUCUCGGUCCUCGUGAGAAACUCAAAGGUGCUGGAGUUUGACAACAAGCGCAACUUCUUCACUCGCCGCCUUCACUCUCGCGGUGCCGAGUUGCGGCACCCACACCCCACCCUUCAACUCUCUGUUCGCCGCGAGCACGUCUUCCUCGACUCGUUCAAGUCUCUCUACUUCAAGUCUGGUGAUGAGAUGAAGUACGGCAAGCUCAGCAUCCGAUUCCACGGAGAGGAAGGUGUUGAUGCCGGUGGUGUUACUCGCGAGUGGUUCCAGGUUCUUGCUCGGCAGAUGUUCAACCCCGACUACGCGCUCUUCAUCCCUGUUGCCUCGGACCGUACGACUUUCCACCCCAACCGUCUCAGCUCGAUCAACCAAGAACAUCUCCUGUUCUUCAAGUUCAUUGGUCGAAUCAUCGGAAAGGCGUUGUACGAAGGCAGGGUGCUUGACUGCCAUUUCAGCAGAGCGGUAUACAAGCGCAUCUUGGGCAAGCCUGUCAGCAUCAAGGACAUGGAGACUCUUGAUCUGGACUACUACAAGUCCCUCCUGUGGAUGCUCGAAAAUGACAUCACGGACAUCAUCACCGAGACUUUCUCCGUCGAAGCUGAGGAGUUUGGCGUCACGCAGACCAUCGACCUCAUUCCCAACGGUCGCAACAUUCCAGUCACCGAAGAGAACAAGCAGGAGUAUGUCCGGUUGAUGGUCGAGUACCGGUUGACGGGUUCGGUUCAGGACCAGCUCACCGAGUUCCUCAAGGGCUUCCACGACAUCGUCCCGGCCGAGCUGAUUUCAAUCUUCAACGAACAAGAGCUCGAGCUGCUCAUCUCUGGACUGCCCGAGAUCGACGUGGAUGACUGGAAGAACAACGCCGAGUACCACAACUACACGGCAGCAUCGCCGCAGAUCCAGUGGUUCUGGCGUGCGGUACGGGCGUUCGACAAGGAGGAGCGGGCCAAGCUGCUGCAGUUCGUGACAGGCACAUCCAAGGUGCCGCUUAACGGGUUCAAGGAGCUCGAGGGCAUGAACGGCUUCAGCCGGUUCAACAUCCAUCGCGACUACGGCAGCAAGGACCGGCUGCCCAGCUCGCAUACGUGCUUCAAUCAACUGGAUCUGCCCGAGUACGAGACGUACGAGGCGCUCAGGCAGCAGCUUCACACGGCCAUAACGGCGGGUAGCGAGUACUUUGGGUUCGCUUGA